CUUUUGCCUUACAUUCAAAGUGUACAUUUGAAUCCAAUUGGAAAUAAUAUAGAACUUAGAGUUAGGAGUAAAAAUUUUUGUUAAAAUAUAAUUUGAAGGAUUCAUCAGCUGGUGCACCUUCGGGUUCUUCUGGAGGAACAGCAAAUGAGUGUGAGGGAGAGGAAACGGAAGAUUCAUCUCGCUCUAAUGAUCUACAAGAUGAAAGUGACGCUAUGGAAAAACUAAAUUUGCAAGAUGAUGUACAGAAUUGUGAUGGUGAAGAUGAGUUAUCGCUGUUCCGUCAGCAGUGGCAGCGUGAGCUGGAAAUAACACCACCACCCAAGAGGGAGCCUGACCCUCCUCCAGCACAAGCUGAACCUCUUUCUGAUGAAGACCGGGCGAAGGAGUUAUUUUUACGUGGUGUGGAGAUGGAGCGUGGUGGCAAGCUGUAUGAAGCCAUCCAGAAUUACAAACGCGCUAUGCAGAUUCUGCCUGACGUUGAGCUAAGGCUAUACGAGAGCUCGGACUUGCGAAGCGAAACGCCAGAAGCGGAAUCAGUAUUGGAAGAGGUAGUACGUAAUAAUGAAGACCCAGACAGUGAUGACGAAGAUGCGGUGGAAGGGGAGGAUUUAUUGGCGCGAUUGCAGCGGAUCACGGCACGCAAGGGCGUGCUCUGUGAAAUGCAGUACCCCACUAAGAGCGCGCACAUGUCGUGGUUGCCAUACGAGGUGGUGCUGUUGAUUCUCCGGUGGGUGGUGAGCGCGGAUCUCGACGCGGCCUCCCUCGAGCGCGCGGCCGCCACGUGCCGCGGCCUGUACGUGUGCGCGCGAGACGCAGAUAUAUGGCGCUCACUCUGUCUCAGAACGUGGGGCAUCGAGUGUGGCACCCCCAGGGCCAGCGGGCACUCGUCGUGGCGACAGAUGUACAUAGAGAGGCCGAGACUGUUGUUGAACGGCUGUUAUAUAUCUAAGACCACGUACUUGCGGCACGGUGAGAACUCGUUCCAGGACCAGUUCUACAGGCCUUGGUACCUGAUAGAUUACUACCGAUACCUCAGGUUGGUUUACACGAUAUAAUCAAUCAUGUACUGCUUCUGGUUCUGCUAAUAAGCUCGAUGGCGCAAUGGCUAGUGCACUUUCGCAAUGGC